AUGAGGAAGACAAACUGCAUAGUUUCAAAGUGCCAUCAACUGUUCACUCAGCAGCUGAAUGCUCUACAGGGAAGGUGUAAGAAGCUAGCAAAAGAGGAGGAGAAAGUGAUAGCUGCUGUCAAGACCUCCAGAGAAGUGAAUGAAACAUUGUUAGGAAGAGACAGAAACCGAGAUGGAGAUGGAGGGGUAGUUAGCUUUAAAGAAUGUGCCUGGAGGAUCACAGAAAGGCUUGCCGGAUAUGAAGAUUGUUUGGACAGACUACUGAGUGGUCUAUGGGACUGGACGAAUGAUCAGGGGAUUCAAGUUUUAAAAGAUAAUCAACAGCUGCUCAUAGAAGCAAGAUGGGUGAAGAAACUCAUGGCAUUGGCCUUGGAGUUCAAAAGGCAAAGGAGCAAAACUGCCACUACGAGAGAUGAAACUGAGAGGCAUAAAAGAGUUCUGAAGCUUUCAUCAGACUGUUUUGCUGCCCUUCCUCUGCCUCUACAAAGCACACUGUUUCAGUGGAUAUGGGACCAGCCAAACGGACCCACCCUCUUCAAGGACAGUGCGGUUAUCCAUGUAGAACAAGAACUAACACAUGUAUUCAACCGACUGGUCUCGGGGUCAACAGAUACUCAACUUACAGAGAGAGCCAGAGAGAUCUGUAGCAUUGCUCUUCAUUGUCCAAGCUCCACUCUGCAGAAGGCUAUACAAGAGGCUAUCAGCAAUGCAGACGCAGGCAGGUUGAUUUGUAAGGUUCUGCAGUGUUUGCCAUUCUUGGUACAUCUUCAACUUGAUGGAGCCACAUGUUUCCUCACUGAGCUUAGCAGCUUUGUCAGCACUCUUGGUGUUAGACAGCUCUCAUCUUCUGAAGAACUGAACCUCUUCAAGUUUGCAGAAGGUAUCAUUCAGAGCUACCAUCCACCAACCCAUCCAGGAAACCCCAUCACCUGCCCACCCCUCGUCAGCCCUCUCCACCUGGCCGACUCGUGCAUCUGGCCCUUCCUUGGUCCUGCACCACUGGACCACACCCAUAGACCUGGUCCUGGAACUCCCUCCUUGUAUCUAGCUUCCGGGUCUACCUCUCCCAGAAUUUCCGUUCCCAGACGUAUAACAUUGAAGUUCUUGGAUCUUGUGCUUAAAAACAGCUUGUCCUCGAUAGAUGGACAGGAGCCAGAUGUGCUUGAUAUCAGCGUGUGCCUCUCGACCAUGCUCAGCCUGUGCCAGAUAUUACAGGACUGUACUGUCCCAGAUGAUGCAGAUGUUACGUAUAACUUCCUCAUCAAAGAGAUGACCUCUGACCUGCUCGAGAGGGUUUCCGCCCAUGUCCGACAAGUUCACACAGAUAACCUGUCAGUAUGUCUGGAGUGGCUGGUUGAAGAGACAUCUGAUCUGGACUGGACUGUGAGACUCGCCCUUCAUGCACUGUUCUCUGAUGCUGCUCCUUCCUGUAGCAAGGUUUGUUUAACCUGUUGA